GUCAGGUCCCGCUGCCAAGCCGGUCGCGCGCUCCGGGGUAGACCUGCGUUCGUGGAUCAUGGAGUCCAGUGUGGAUCUCUCUUUAAUGAUUGUUGGGAUGGUGGUUGCAAUAUCUGUUGCAUUGUUGGUUUUUAAACCAAUGGCCUCUCGGAAGAAGAAAGGUCAAAUUACUUUACAAGAUCCAAAUAUCAAGUAUGCAUUGUGUUUGAGAGAGAGAGAGGAGAUCAGUCACGAUACCAGAAGAUUUCGGUUUCAACUUCCGUCAUCGAAACAUAUAUUGGGCUUGCCUGUAGGCCAACACGUGUAUCUCUCUGCCAAAGUGGACGGUAACCUUGUGAUCCGGGCCUACACUCCAGUUUCUAGUGAUGAAGUGAGAGGCUAUGUUGAUUUAAUCAUAAAGGUUUACUACAAAAACAUUCACCCCAAGUUUCCAGAAGGUGGGAAGAUGUCCCAGCAUUUAGACAACAUGAAGAUUGGUGAUACCAUUGACUUCAGAGGACCUAAUGGACUUCUGGUGUACAAGGGGUCAGGUAAAUUUUCUAUCAAGCCAGAUAAGAAGUCUGAAGCAAGGAUAAGGGUUGCAAAACAUGUUGGAAUGAUAGCUGGAGGAACAGGAAUUACUCCAAUGCUUCAACUAAUUCGUCACAUUACAAAGGACCCCAAAGAUAACACCAAGUGUUACCUUCUUUUUGCUAACCAGACAGAAGAAGAUAUAUUAUUGAGACCAGAGCUUGAAGAUGUAGCAGCAAAUCACCCGGAUCAGUUUAAACUGUGGUACACUUUGGACAGACCACCUCAGGGCUGGAAGUAUAGUGUUGGUUUUAUUACGGACAGCAUGAUAAAAGAACAUAUGCCUCCCCCUGCCAGUGAGACUCUGAUUCUGAUGUGUGGACCCCCACCUAUGAUUCAGUUUGCUUGUCUGCCUAAUCUUGAAAAGAUAGGGUAUGCCAAAGAAAACACUUUUGCUUAUUAAACCGGAAGUUGUACCAUCCCUUUUAUAGUAAGUGGUUGGUACAUAUUAAUUUUGUGUUAUGCAGAGAUGGAAGGCAGGUAGUAAAAAUGAUGGUUGAUGGGAGUGGUAUUUCCCGGACAUAGCUGGGAUUUGGCCGUUGGAAAUCCCUGAAAUGUCUGGGAUAAUCCGGAUGUAUGGCAACCGAUGUUUAUACCAACACUGCACUCUCAGUUUGUAUGCUUCUGAUAGUAAUGGUGCUAGGUUAUGCCUUUCUCUGCACUGAGAUGCUGCUUAACAAGCUGUUGCAAGUAUGUAAUUCCAACAGUUUCUUUUGUCCAAAAGUAGUUCUAUAGCCAGUAGAAGAAUGCUGCAUUUAAAAGGGCUAUCAGGGAAAGCUAACAGUUUUCCAUUCAACUGCAGGCUUUUGGUAUAUGAGAGUCCUUAUUUACAUAAACAUCAAAUUGUUUUGUAAAAUUUGUUUGUGAUGCAGUAAUAUAAUUUACUUCACAAUGAC